UCUACGCGGCGAUUUAUGCACCGUCGAUCCCGGAAUCCAGAACCGCAUCUGUUUAUAAGUCUCGUCACUUCUCAUCAACGGAAAGAGAAGCACAGCACACAAAUUCUGAAGCUCUCUGCGCCGGGAAACUCGGAAAAAUCGUCGGGAAAUUCGAAUUCCGGCAGUGAUUCAGUGGAAAGAUCACCGGGAAACGAGAAGUGCGGCCUUAAUUUCAUGGAGACGGAGCUCACCUUAGGCCUACCAGGGGGAGGGAGAAACAAUUUGGAGCUGGAACUAGCCGGAAAAAGUCAGCCAGUCAAGAGGGAAGCUGAAAUCGCCGGAAACAGCGCCGGGAAAUGUUUCCCUGCUAAGAGAGGGUUCUCCGAGACCGUGGAUUUGAACCUUAGUUUUUCCGGCAAGGAGGAAGCUGAAAAGAAGGAUUCAGGUCCUGGAAACACACGAGUGGCCAAGGUUCAAAUAGUGGGGUGGCCGCCAGUGAGAUCAUCGUUUAAGAAGAACAACAACAGUAUCAACAACAACAAUGAAAUUGCGUCAUAUGUGAAGGUGGCGGUUGAUGGGGCACCGUAUCUACGGAAGGUGGACUUGCAAACUUACUCCACCUACCAACAACUCCUCACCGCCUUGCCCAACCUAUUCGCCUGCUUCACCAUUUGUCAAAGCGAGUAUUCAAGUGAAAGUAAAUUAGUGGACAUAUCAAGCGGCACAGAGUACGUUCCCACCUACGAGGACAAGGACGGUGAUUGGAUGCUCGUUGGAGAUGUCCCCUGGCAAAUGUUUGUGGAAUCAUGCAAACGCUUGAGACUAAUGAAAAGCUCCGAAGCCAUGGGACUAGCUCCAAGAACCCCUCAGAAAUGCACCAACAACGGGUGAAGAGAGGCCCGAAGGAAUGAUUCAAAGCAUGUACAGAGAAUCAAAAGAGAUUGGCUUUCUUGUCUAUUUUCGUUUGUUUUAAACUUUUGAUCUUCUAAACUACAAUGUGGCUAAGUAGAAAAUAAAUUCACAUGUACCUGUAAUCCAUAUGAAUUAACAGUGUGUUAAUAUGUGUUGACUUUGGAUUGAUUUUGUUUAUAGACAUGCUAAAUUCAGUUUAUUGUUAUCAAUAAGACAUGAUUUAUAUGGCAUUCGCAUAUUAAUCCACCA